AUGGCGGCGCGGGCGGCGGUGCGGGCGUUUGGGAAUGUGGCGCCCAAUCCGAUGGUGGGCGCGGUCAUUGUCAAAGAUGGUCGAGUGAUUGGGAUUGGGCAUCAUCGUCGGUUUGGUGGAUUGCAUGCGGAGCGCGAGGCGAUCAAGAACGCACGGGAGAAUGGGCAUGAUGUUUCGGGGUCGGUGGUGUAUUGCACGCUGGAGCCUUGUUGUCAUCAUGGGAAGCAGCCGCCUUGUUGUGAGGCGCUGAUUGAGGCGGGGGUGGCGGAGGUGGUCUAUGCGCGUCCUGAUCCCGCGGAAGUCAGCGGCGGGGGGCACGCGAUUCUGGAGGCGGCGGGGAUCCGGUGUUCGUGUGAUUCGAGUUCGAGCAAUGCGGUGGCGAUGGGGGAGGCGUUUGUGAAGCGCGUGCGGACGGGGCUGCCUUGGGUGGUGGUGAAGUGGGCGCAGACGCUUGAUGGGAAGAUCGCGACGGGGAGCGGGGAGAGUCAGUGGAUCUCGAAUGAGCGGUCGAGAAGAUGGGUGCACUGGCUGCGCGCCAAGAUCGAUGCGAUCGGGGUUGGGAUGGGGACGGUUGUUGCGGAUGAUCCGAUGCUGAUAGCACGCGGCGUGCGGAAGGUGCGGAGAUCAGCUGUGCGGGUGGUGUUUGAUACGCAUGGACGGUUUCCGGAGGAUUGCAAGCUCGCGCAGAGUGCGGGGGAGUACACGACGGUGGUGUGCACGGCGGCGGCUGGGACGAUCGGUGUCCCUGGCGUGAAGACAUUGCACUGCAAGAUGAAGGACGGGCGAUUGGAUCUGGAGUCGGCGCUGCGGGGGUUGUCGUCGGAGCUUGGGGUAAGCUCGAUUCUGAUUGAAGCGGGUCCGACGCUGUUGGGUGGGCUCCUGGAUGCGGAUCUGAUUGAUGAGGCGGUGGUGCAUGUCGCGCCGGCGGUCAUGGGGGAUGAUUCGGCGAAGUCCUGCGCGAGCGGGCGCGUGUGCGAACAGUUAUCGCAGAUGAAGCGGUUUGAGUUGAAUCGAACUCGGAUGGUGGAUGGGGAUGUGCAUCUGUUUUACCGACGCGGCGAGUAG